UCAUUUUCGGUCGCUUACCUUCAUGAUCCUGGAACAGCUCAGCAAGCCACCAACAUUGCAUUUGGAGUCCUAGGAUUUCUGGCCCUCCUCUAUGCUUUGCUGGAGACCAGCAGUUGGGCUCGGCGAUCGCGGCUUCCAAAUAUAAAUUUGAUGCUCAUCGUUCAAUUCUUUGCCUACUUUGCUGGAUCUCUGGCAAACAUCUUCUUCAUUGUCACGCUUGGAAUUGGUAUUUAUUGGCUCAUUGUUUUCAAGGGUCAACAGGUUUCUGCUGUUGAAGUGAUGCUGCCAGCUGCUGGGAGCCAAAUAGAAACCAACUUCAUUAUCUAUGUGUUAUGUGCACUUGCGUUGAAGACUUUGGAUGUCAUACAUAUUUUGGUAAGCCAGCUAACGGUAUCCAUUUUCCUGAUCGACUGGGAGAAGCCAAAGGAGAAGCGAGUUUUGAAAGCAGGAGAUCAGGGGGCAGCUUCCUCUGUGAGUGCUUGGAGAACAUUUUUGAUAGCGAACGAGUGGAAUGAGAUCCAGACCCACAGGAAGGUUCAUCCUUCACUUCAGUUGUUUGCUGUCUUGCUGCUUUUGGAGGUGGUGGGACUGAAGAACCUCACAUCCCGAGACCUGAGUGUGAAUUUGCACCCAGAACCAGAUGCUUAUCGUGCACCAUGGAGCCCCAUCCUUCGGUUCGGAAUUGCUGCUUCAGUUUGGUUGGCCGUGGGACUUGUGCAGGUUAUAUUUUCUCUUGUGUUAUAUGAGCGGUUCGUGGAGGACAAGAUUCAUCAGUUUGUUGACCUUUGUUCUUUGAGCAACGUGUCUGUGUUCAUCUUGACCCACAGAUGUUACGGUUUCUACAUCCAUGGGAGAAGUGUGCAUGGAAAUGCAGAUGUUGAUAUGGAGACUAUGCAUUCUUACCUUAGGAAAGAGGAGGAAAACCUUUGUCCUCUUAGAGGUCUGGAGGCACAUUCUGAUGUGCAAACAUUUGAGAUGCUUCUCACUGACAGUACCCGAGCAUUUUAUGAGAGAAUAACCCUAGCUUUAAUGGAGGUUCCACAAGGAACCCAUGUCCGGCCGGAUCUCAAUAAACAAAGAAUGAAAAGCUAUCAUGCCUUGAACCGCUUUCUUAUCUCCUUCCUUGAGCAUAGGUACAAAAAUAUGGACUAUGUGGUGAAGGAUAAAUUUUUCCUGGAGCGGAUUAUGGACAUGGAAUUCCAGGAGCAAGGGGACGUGUCCAUUCUCUACAAUGAUGACAAAGCACUGUUCAGCAGAACACUCUUCUACAACCACGAGCUGGCACUACUCCUCUUUGAAACCCUUCUCUUCUGUGCUGUGGAUUUGGGGGCAAAAGACUUUGUGCUGGCCACAAUUGUCACCUUUGUUGUACAAAAGCUUCUGCAGAUCCUGCGGAGUGCCCUUGGAAGGAGGAACCUGGCAGAGAAAACCUUGGUGGAAAAGCAGUUCCUGAUCUAAAGCUGGAGGAGCAGCUGCAAGUUUAAGCUUUAGUGUGUGGAACUGAUGUGAAGAAUGUGGGAUUUUGUAUCUUUUAGUCCUUGGACUGUGGAGUCUGCAUCUUUAUUAUUAUUAUUAUUAUUGAGCAAAAACUCCACUCUGGAACUGCUCUUGAAUCUGAAUUUAACCUCAGAGCAUCUGAAGUAAUAUGUGGUGGGUCUUUGUUGCCAACUAUCUUUCUCAGCAUACCAAUGAAGGGUGAUGGUUUCACUUUUUAAAAAAAUACAUAUAUAUUUAUUGUAUUUUUUCUA